UGGUGGUGGUGGCAGCCCCCUGCGGCGGACCCCCCAGCCCAGGAGGACAGGAUGGACGCCCCCCCCGAGGGCAAGGACCCGUCCAGAACAGAGCUGCGUCCCUACCAGCGGGAAGUGGUGCGGCCUGCCAUGGCGGGACACAACGUGAUCAUCUGGAUGCCCACCGGUUCCGGAAAGACCCGCGCCGCCGCCUAUGUCACCAAACACCACCUGGACACUCGGGACCGGGGCAAGGUGGCCGUGCUGGUCAAUAAGGUGCCGUUGGUCAGCCAGCACAGCCAAGAGUUCAACCGCUUCCUGAGCCCGCGGUGGACGGUGGCGGGGUUGAGCGGGAACAGCGGGCAGGGCCUGGCCUUCGGCUUCGUGGCCCGGACCCACGAUCUGGUCAUCUGCACCGCCGAGCUGCUGCACAACGCGCUCCGCAGCUCCGAGGAGGACGGGCACGUGGACCUGCAGGACUUCUCCCUGCUGGUGGUGGAUGAAUGCCACCACACGCACAAGGGCACUGUCUACAACGCCAUCCUGGGUCACUUCCUGGAGCUCAAGCUGCGCGGGGAAACCCCCCUGCCCCAAAUCUUGGGGCUGACGGCCUCGCCGGGCACAGGGGGUGCGUCCACUCUUGCCAAGGCCAAGGAGCACGUUCUGCAGCUGUGUGCCAACCUGGACACGUGGAGGAUCCUGUCACCGCGGGAGCACCAGCUGCAGCUGGAAACCUGGAGCCCGCAGCCACACAAGCGCUAUGACGUGUGCCAGGAGAGGGGCAAGGACCCAUUUGGGGACCUGCUGAAGCAGCUAAUGGACCGGAUCCAUGAGUUCCUGGGGGCGUCCGGGCUGUCCCCGGACUACGGGACCCAGGCGUACGAGCAGCAUAUCACCGAGCUCAGCAAACAAGGAGCCAAGCAGUUCUUCCCUCACCAGCGGGUCUGCGCCCUGCACCUGCGCCGCUAUCACGACGCCCUCCUGGUGCACGGUGCCGUCCGCAUGGUCGACGCCCUGGAGACGCUGACCGACUUCUACAAUAUGGAGCGUAGGACCAAAGGCCUGGUGCUGCCUUCCGAGCGCUGGCUGCUGGCACUGUUUGACGAGCACAAAGGAGCGCUGGCCCAGCUGGCCCAGGAUGCCCGCUAUGAAAACCCGAAGCUGAAAGUGUUGGAGGGGGUGCUCCGGGAGCAGUUUGAGGGAUCCGAGGCCUCCACGCGUGGGAUCAUCUUCACCCGCACGCGCCAGAGCGCCCAUGCCCUGUAUCACUGGCUCGUGGCCCAGCCCGGCCUCCAAGCCCUGGGCAUCCAGGCAGCGGUGCUCACCGGCGCGGGGCAGGGAAGCCAGACCCAGCCCAUGACUCAGAAGUGCCAGAUGGCCGUGAUUCAGCAGUUCCGGGCGGGGACGUUGAACCUGCUACUGUCCACCAGCGUGGCUGAGGAGGGACUGGACAUUCCCCAGUGCAACAUGGUGGUACGCUACGGCCUGCUGACCAAUGAGAUCGCUAUGGUCCAGGCGCGGGGCCGAGCGCGGGCCGAAAACAGCCUCUACUCCUUCGUGGCCAGCGCGGGCAGCCGGGAGGUGCGGCGGGAGGAGGUCAACGAGGCGUUGGAGACGUUGAUGGAGCAAGCCGUGAUGGAAGUGCAGGCCAUGCCGGAGGACACCUACCGGGCCCAGAUCCUGCGGUUGCAGCGGGAGGCCGUGGAGCAGCGCCGGGCCCGGGAGGCCAAGAAGGAGGCGCAGAGGAACCAAUUCCAGCCCGGCACCGUGCGCCUGCACUGCAUCAACUGCACGUGCCCCGCGGCCCCCGGCUCAGACCUGCGCCUGGUGGAGGGCACCCACCGAGUCAACGUCAACCCCGCUUUCCGACUGCUGUACCGCGCCUCCCCCAGCCCCGUGACCAUCGACCGGGUCUUCAGGGACUGGAUUCCCGGGGCCGCUAUCAGCUGCAAGGCCUGCGGACAGCCCUGGGGGAUGGAGAUGAUCUAUAAGUCGGUGAAGCUGCCUGCUCUGAGCAUCAAGAACUUUGUCCUGGAGACCCCGGCCGGCCGGUUCCCCAUCAAGCAGUGGAGCCGGGUGCCCUUUGCUGUGGACGACUUUGACUACGUCCAGCACCUCACUGACCAGCAGGACAGCUUGCAGCCGCUGCCUGAGCUCUGA